UCUCCCCUGCUCCCUCGGUCGAGUGUAGCAGUUGCUGUGGCUUCUGCAAGUUUGUCCUUUAUAAUUCGAGCAGAAUGGAUAGCUCGCCAACAGCUCCUCUUUCUCAUCGUCUCCGUCCCUCUCUCUCUCUCUCUCUCUCUCUCUCUCUCUCUCUCUCUCCUUUUCCCUUGCUGUAGCAGGACACUCACCGAGUGUGAUGCGAGAGUAGUGUAAUAAAGAUGAUGCAUAUUUAUAACACCAAAUCUUUCCGUCCUCUGCAGCUCUGCUGCUGCUGCUGCUGACUGUGGUGGCUCGUCGCAACUACUCGGCGUUCCCAAAUACCAUCUGAUUCUGGACCAACAAAAAGAAAAUAUCCUCUACCAGAUCGAUUUCUUAUUGGCUUUUACUGCAUCGGGAUCGCGAUGGGGAUGGGGAUCAUGAUCUGAAACCCUUCUGCAGCAGGGGAGGUGGAGAAAGGAAGGAGAGGCACCAUGGAAGCGAUUCGGAAGCAGGCUAGUAAGUUGAGGGAGCAAGUGGCCAAGCAACAACAGAUUGGGUCUAAAAUGACGAAUACCUGAGGAUUUUGAGAGCAUUCAGGCUUUUCAUGUUGGCGGUUUUGCUGUCUACUGUGAGAUUUGUGGGUUUAGGCAGUGGCAUAUCGACUAUUUAUAUAAUGGGAAGCAGUCUUUAAGCAAAUUAGUGUUCGUUUUAGUCAUGAUUCUUCUCUUGUUGAUGAAGCUGAACUUCAAUGUCAGCAAAAACUUCAGAUGCUAUAUGCUUCUACAAAAGCAGCGAAGCAUCUUCAACGGGACAUUGUACGUGGUGUCGAGGCAUUCAUUGCUAUUAGUUCUAAGCAGAUGGAAAUAGUAAACAAGCUAGCUGAAGAUUGUUGCAAAUAUGGAACCAAGUAUCAAGAUUUUGGCUUUCCUUUAGCAUCUGCUGCUCUAAACUUUGGUACUUCUCACAGUAUGAUGGAGAAAGAGAGGGCUAAUCUUCUCACAAUACUUGGAGAUCAGGUCUAUGAACCAAUACGAGCAAUGAUAAUAGGAGCCCCUCUAGAAGAUGCCCGUUUCUUGACUUACCGUUAUGACCGGAUUAGACAAGAUGUGGAAGCACAGACAGCAGAAGUUCUUAGACGUCAAUUGAAGUCCAAGGAAGUUGUUAAAACCACAGAUGUUUCAGCCAAACUUCAACAUGCAGAAUCAAAGUUACAAGAACUGCGGACUACUCUAUCAGCAUUGGGCAGAGAAGCAACUGCUGCUAUGAUGGCUGUUGAGGAUCAACAACAACAGAAUACUUUUAAUCACCUGCUUGCAAUGGUUGAUGCUGAGAGGGCUUACUAUCAGAGUGUUGCCAACAUUCUAGAUAAACUCCAUGAUGAGAUGGUCCAAAUGAAGGAUAAUCAUGGGUCCGUGAGACAGGCUGCAACAAUUGAGACCAUACAAAAUGACGAUUCCAAGACAAGUCAAUCGCAUCAUGUGUCUGUGACACAGGCUGCAACAACUGAGAUUAUGCAAUCUCAAACAGGAAAUGAAGAUUCCAAUAUGAGUCCAUCUCAUCAAGAGUCUGUGACACAGGCUGCAACAACAGAGACUGUUCAACGUCAAACAGGAAAUGAAGAUUCCAAGAGAAGUCAAUCUCAUCAUGUGUCAGUGACACAGACUGCAACAACUGAGACCAUGCAAUCUCAAACAGGAAAUGAAGAUGUCAAGACAAGUCGAUAUCAUCAUGAGUCUGUGACACAGACUGCAACAACUGAGAUGCAAUCUCAAAAAGAUGACAAUGAUUCCAAAGCAAGUCGAUCUGGCGAUUUCCAAGUAAAUGGUCAGAAUCCAAUGUAUUUUGUUGCACAAGUUAUCCACUCAUUUGAUGCGCAAGCUGAUGGAGAGCUAAGUCUAUCAGUUGGUGAUUACGUUGUAGUUCGCCAGGUGGCACCUAAUGGAUGGUCUGAAGGUGAAUGCAAGGAAAAAGCUGGGUGGUUUCCAUCCGCUUAUGUGGAGCGACGAGACAAAGCUCCAGCAAGCAAGGUGAUAAAGACCCACUAGCCGACAUGAUCGCUGUAUGCAAAUCAAUAUUCUUGUAAAGAUGCAUGUUGUCCUGUUACAAAAUCUCCUUGUUCUUUUGAGCCUGCCAUUAGUUUCUCUAAAAGGUUGGAAUUGUUCUGUGAAAAAACAGGAUGUCUUGCGAGUGUAGUUUGCAUACAUGUUUGUGCUUAAAACAACAGCAUGAUGUAUACAUGUAAGAACUUUUCGUGCCUUUUUAUUUUUUUGUUGGAGAUGGAUGUAGCAAAUUGCUUGAGCUUUUUCGUUGCAGGAUUAUAUUUUCUUCA